AUCCCUCAAUAAUUCCAGAAUCUCACUAAACCCUCCCCAAAAAAAACUGCCUUUCUCGACAUUGCAUUCCAUUCAUAGUACUCUGUCGUGUCUCUCUUCCGAAAUGUGGUAAAACAAAUGCAGAGGCAAUCUCUGCGCUCAAACUCAAUUUCCGUUACAACAUUUGGGGAUUAAAAUAAUCCGCUCUCCCAUUCUUGUCCCAUUCAAGAAUCCAUGGAAAAAAUACCUGUUUUUAUAAAGCACAAUGGAGUAUGGGAAAGUGACCACAACUUUGUGAAUUUUUCUGUUAAUGGGGUUUUGAUCACUUCUGAAUGCAACUUUGAAGAAUUAGUUUCAGUGAUAGCAAAGCAACUGGAGAAGGAUUUGGAUACCAACUUGAUAGAUAUUAAGUACUUAGUGAAAGACGGGUAUCCACCAAUGACGGUACACAAUGAUAUGAGUGUGAGAGUGUAUAUUGAGCUGAAAAGGAUGGAUUCAGAAUUCACAUCGUUCCCACUUUGCGUAACCUUCAAGGAUAAGUGUAGUGCUGGAAGUUGCUCAGAUGUGAACCCUGUUACAGUUUCAUCUGAUGGUAUACAAAGCGAAAAUAUACCUGAAAUAUACCAGCCUGAUGCCAUUGAGAUGAUAAGUUCUAUGAAUAGAGAGGAUCGAAAUGGUAUACGAGCUGAUGAGAAACGUAUAAUAAACAAUCCAGAUACCAUUGAGCCGAUAAGUUCUGUUCAUUGUAAUGGUAUGCAAGUGGAUGAGGAAGGUAUAGUACACAGCCUGGCUAUCAUUGAGCCGAUAAGUUCUGUUCGUGGGGAGGAUUAUAAUGGUAGUAUACAAGAUGAUGUAAGAGGUAUAAUAAACAACCCAAGACAUCAAGAUGUUGAAGAAGAUCAAUUGUACCAAGACAAAGAGACCCUCGUCAAUGUUAUGAAGCAUUAUGCCAUCAGAAAAAACUUUCAGUUUAAAGUUGAAAGGUCAAGUAGCAGCAGGUAUUGUCUUGUAUGCUUGGAUGACAAUUGCUCCUGGUGUUUUAAAGCUUCAAGCCUGCACAAGUCAAAGCUUUUCAAAGUAAGACAGUUCAAUGAUGUCCACACAUGCUCGAUAGAGGAAACAUUAAAUACACAACGUCACGCUACUUCGGGGAUCAUUGGAGGUAUGAUCAGGAACAAGUAUGCUGACUCGGAAUCUGUAUAUACUCCAACAGACAUAAUGCGUGACAUGAAAAAAGAUUACGGUGUGGACUUGACCUAUAUGAAGGCUUGGAGAGCGAAGCGAAAGGCGCUUGAAAUAUUGAGAGGGAACCAAAGCGAAUCAUAUGAGAAGCUGCCGAGGUACCUGCACAUGUUGAUGCAUACAAACCCUGGAUCCAUCGUGAGACUACAUAAAUCAGAAGGUGGCUCUUUUUCGUAUCUUUUUGUAUCCUUGGAGGCAUCAAUCAAGGGAUGGGAAUAUUGCAAGCCUAUUGUGGUAAUUAAUGCGAGCUUUCUAGAAUCAGCACGCAGGGGGACCUUAAUCAUGGCUUACACGCAAGAUGCAGCGGGUAGAAUAUUUUUGCUCGCAUAUAGCGUGGUUGAUUCGGAGAAUGAUGCUUCUUGGAAGUGGUUCUUCGAAAGGUUCAAGGAUGCUUUUGGUGCUAGGGAAGGGAUGUGUAUAGUAUCCGACACGCAUGAAAGCAUCUUAAAGGCGACUUCGAUUGUGUAUCCAGAAGUGCUUCACUGUGUAUGUAUGUUUCAUUUAUGGAACAGCAUAAAGAUGACGUACACGAAAUCUCAUUUAGCUAUCAAGGAACUAUUCUUCGCGUCGGCCAGAGCAUACACGAUUGAAGAAUUUGAGCGCCACAUGGUUGAGAUAAAUAAUAUUGAUAAGAGUGUCGGAGAGUACUUGUUAAAUGUUGGAUAUCAUAGAUGGUCAAGAGUGCAUUCCAAAGUCAACGGAACCACAAUUAUGACUUCAAACAUUGUGGAGUCGAUGAAUGCAGUGAACAAUCAUGCAAGAGAUCUACCAAUAAUGCAUUUGCUGGAAUACAUGAUGAAGUUGGUUCAAGAUUGGCAUUAUGUGAAUAAGAAAAAUGCAAUAGAGACAUCCACAGAGCUGGGGAAAAAAUAUGAAGAUAUCAUGAAGGAAAAUUACAUUACAUCUCAGAGGAUGACGGUGAAGCCUUCCACCGAUUACUUUUAUACUGUCGUUGAAGAUGGAAAAAAAUUUGUGGUGAACCUGGGAGAGAGAACAUGCACUUGCAUAAGGUUUCAAAUGGAUGAAAUGCCGUGCCCACACGCUUUGGCAGUUGUAACGUUCAAAAACAUCGAUGCAUAUCAAUAUUGCUCUGUCUACUACAAGAAGGAUUACUUGCUGAAAACGUAUGAAAUAUCUAGUAAUCCAAUUCCCGACGAAAGCACUUGGGACAUUCCUAGAGAGAUCUUAGAAGAAGUGGUGCUACCACCUACGGGGAAGAUUAGACCGGGGAGGCCAAAGAAGUUGAGAAUCUAGUCGUCCUGGGAAUCGCAAGCUAAGAGGUGAAAAUUUUCAUCCAGACAAUGUGGACAUUAGGAUUACGAUCGAUAGACGUGCAGAAAUCUCCUGAAGAGAAUUUGACACAUUUGUUGUUUUUUCUCUUCUUUUCUUAAAUAAUUUAAUUCAAUCAUUGUAAUUGGAGUCAUGAAUUACAAUGAAUUGUCUAUGGAGCUUAAUGAUUAGCUUUUUUGGCAUAUCAA